CUGACACACACAAACGACGCAUCUCUCUCUCUCUCUCUCUCUCUCUCUCUCUCUCUCUCUCUCUCCCUUUCUCUUUCUCUCUCCCUCUCUAUCUCUCUCUUCUUCCUCCUUCGGCUUUGAUUUCUCUCUCCUCAUUCACGAUCCCAAUUCCACUAGGGAUUCAUUUCCGAUGCGAUUCUGAGCUUGUUAGAUCCACGACAAGGUUUCGUUUCCCAGAUUCUUUUGUAAAAAAUUCUUCCUCUGGCCAACAGGAAAGUUGAAAAAGAUGGACCAUGACAAGACUGGGUGCCAAGCUCCUCCCGAAGCUCCUAUACUGUGCAUCAACAACUGUGGAUUUUUUGGAAGUGCAGCUACCAUGAAUAUGUGUUCUAAAUGCCACAAAGACAUGUUGCUGAAACAGGAGCAGGCCAAGCUUGCAGCAUCGUCCAUUGGGAAUAUAAUGAAUGGGUCAUCUAGCAGCACCGGAAAUGAACCUGUUGUUGCUGCUAAUGUUGAAAUCCCAGUUAUUUCAGUAGAGCCUAAAACUGUCUCUGUGCAACCUUUAUUUGGUUCAGUUUCAGAAGGGAGCGAGGAGGCAAAGCCGAAGGAUGGUCCAAAACGUUGCAGCAGCUGCAAUAAGCGAGUUGGUUUGACAGGGUUUAAUUGUCGAUGUGGCAAUCUUUUUUGUGCUGUACAUCGCUACUCAGACAAGCAUAAUUGCCCGUUUGAUUACCGCACUGCUGCUCGGGAUGCGAUAGCUAAAGCAAACCCAGUGGUCAAGGCUGAGAAGCUUGAUAAGAUCUAAGGUUUAAAGUCGAAGUUUCAUACUUGAGAUGAAGUUAUGCACAAUUUCAUCGUGAAAUGACCCGGGUUUCCUUCACAUUUAAUUGGUGUUCUUAUUAUAUUGUUAUAUGUGGUAUGUGACUUGGAGUUAUAGGACACAUCUCUGCAAUUUGAAGGACUCUUUCAUGUGAUUGGCGAAAAUAUAUAUGUUGGCCGCAGUGUUUAAGCUUUUAAAUUUUUGCUGGUUUGGUGAAAGUUGUUGUUGUUAGCUAUGUAAUGCUUCUAUCCUGUAUCAGAAUGGUAUGUGCAAUUUGAAGAUGAUACCAAGAGCAUUCGUACA